GGAAAUGAUGGGAUUUUCUGGCUUUGGGAAGAAGAAGACUGAGAAGAAGUCAGCAAUUUCAGAAAGAUUGGAUAAUACAAAGAGGUCUGCUGAUACUCAAGACGAGAGCGUAAAGAAAGAGGAGAAUACUGAGAAUGUGACUAUAGAAUCUACUCAGGGAGCUGCACCAGAAAUACCACAAGAGAGUGUAGAAAUACCAUUAGAAAUCGACAGGAAACCAAAGGUAGAAACUGAAAAAGACACCAACGAAGGCGAUAAAGACGAUGAAGACGAAGAAUACGAAACUGACAGGGAUCCUAUUCCAUCUUCUCAUGAAGUCGUUUUACAAGAUCAUUCGAAGGCUGCAACUGCUAUUGAUUUAGAUCCUGCUGGUAGCAGAUUAGCCAGUGGAUCACAUGAUUAUGACAUUAAACUGUGGGAUUUCGCAGCUAUGAACACGGCUUUUAGACCAUUUAGAUCAUUUGAAGGUUGUGAAACAAACCACAUUCACGACCUUAAGUAUAGUAUUAAUGGUGAUUCAAUUCUUGCAGCCUCUGGACAAGCAAUACCACGUCUAUUCACCCGUGAUGGUGACGAGAUAUACAAAUGGUCUAAAGGUGAUCAAUACAUAAAAGAUCAGCGUCAAACUAAAGGACAUAUCGGGGAAAUAAACAACUGCGCUUGGCAUCCAUUUGAUUACAACUUGUUUAUCACCUGCUCAGCUGACAGUACAGUGCGGAUAUGGGAUGUCACAGAACCACGCGAACAGAAGCACGUACUUGUGUUCAAGAGCAAAGAAAGGGGAACUAAGACUAAAGUGACAGCAUGUGCCUACAGUCCAGAUGGUAAAUUCAUUGUUGCAGUGGGAUACGAUGGCGCGAUGCAUCUUUGGUCAACUGCUGGAAACUAUGCUAGACCGAACGCAAUGAAUGAUGCAGCGCACACUAAGCAUAGCUGGACAAGCUCUGUUUGUUUCACUCCAGAUUCCAAGUAUAUCGUCACUAGGGGUGGUGAUGACACUGUCAAAUUAUGGGAUGUAAAGAACAUAAAAAGACCAGUGCAUGUUGCUAGCAACUUGCCAUCACUUUAUCAAGAAGUCAAUGCAACUUUCUCUCCAGAUGGGAAAUAUGUUCUCACUGGUGUUGCUGGAGUGCGCGGUGAAAGUAAAGCGUUUGUUGUCGUCCUCCUCACAGAGACAUUGGCAGAAGUAAAGCGCAUACCAAUUGGAAAAGACAAGGGAGGAUGUGUGAUAAGGACGCUCUGGCAUUCGCGUAUCAAUCAGAUAAUAGCAACGCAUUCAGAUGGUGGUAUAUACGUCUUAUACGACCCAAUGAGCUCUAUUAGAGGUGCUUUGAUGCCAUUAGAUAGAGCACCAAAGCGAGCACGUGACGUCGAGGAUGUCCUUGCAUCCACCGAUCCAGACAGAGAUUUGAGAGUGCCAAUCAUAACGCCGGAUGCGAUGGAGGAGGACGAAAGAACACAGAAGCGUAUGCGCAUGAAGAAGGAGUCAGAUGCGCGCAAACCUCAGCCGCCGCUCGUUGGUUCAGGAAGGGGUGGACGUGUCGGUGCAAGUGCAACACAAGCAAUGGUACAGCGUCUCUUUGGUGAAAGUACAAUAGGACAGGACCCUCGCGAGGAGUUGCUCAAGUAUGCGGACGUCGACAACGAUCCAAAGUGGACCGGCGCCUGGAAAGAGAGCGGACGAGUGUACGACGGAGAAACAGAGGAGCAAAUGAAGGAGCGCAAGAGGAAGGAGAAGGAGACAGACUGAUGUCUAUCUGCUGUCGUCAGAAGACCAAAGUAGGCGUAAUAAUAGGAGAAUAAC